AUGGCUCUUGGAACAAUAGUCGAGGAGCAAACUAGUUUACAACCUUCCACCCAAAACUCUUCCGAGCAAACCGAGGAGCUCUCUCCUAUGACCGUCGUCGAAAAAGUUUCCAAGGUUUGACAAGCUUUUUUUUCUUUCCGAGGUUUUUUUGAUUUUUGAUCAAUUUCAAGCUGUCAGCUUUUUUUUGUAUUGUAGAACUUAACAUGAAUAUGAAUUUCAGUUUGUGAUCCAAGCCAGAUGUACGGACAAUAUUCUGUUUUCUGCUGCGAUGGCUGUCGGUGGCUGUGUUCUCAUGAUGCAAACUUUUCCCGUUUUCAUGAACAAUUGGGUUUUUCUCACUGAGCCAAGGCCCAUCAACAAAACUAAUGAAAAUGGCGAGCAACUGGUGAGUACAAUUUGCACUUUCUUGCUAAUCUUCUUUUUAGGAGAGCACUUUCAAUUACAACGCGGGUUAUUUUCAAAUUUGCCGGGUUCAUAUAAAUAAUAACUCUGGAAUAAUUUACGACGAGAAAGAAAUUCCAAGUUUGUCGUCUUGGUUUUGAAGCAAGGACUGUGAUUUUCAAGGAACGGAGAGCGUCUAUCGAUGUCAUUUGAAUCCUUUGUUUUCGCAAGACGACAUAACCGACUUUUCUGUUGCUUCUCUCGCUGUUAUAAGUACGAAUUUUGAUUUUUUGAGUAUUAUCCUUAACAGAAUAUCUUUCAGUGAGAUUGGGAUCGCCUGCAUUGCUUCACGUCGGCGGAGCUUUCAUUUGUUGUUUCGCGUUUUUCUGUGGCGUCGCUGGUCACGUCAGGAACUCUCAUCACACUUUGCUUUCUUCGAUUACGUAUAUUUGUGGAAGUAAGCUUCAUUCUAUAUAAUUUAUUUAUUUUUAUUGGUAGAGCCAGAUAGCAUAGUUUUGUUUAUGGAAACUUGAGGGAGAAACCCUUUCAAACCGAAAAAAAAACUCGGAAUCUCUGAAAAUUGAAAACAGUACCCGUUUUCAGCUCUCAAAAACUUAAAAAAUAAAGUUCAUUCUUCACCAAUUGAAGGCAAAAUGAGUAGAUUGGCAAAUGUGACGCGUUGCGUACGCGGUGCGGCUUCUAGAAAGGCCAGGGAAAAAAUUUAAUCAACGCGUCCUAUUCGGUAAUCUACCCAUCUUGUUUUUCUAUUUGAAAAGGAUUGACUAUCAAACAGAAAAUGACUUUUGACAAUUGGACUGAGAUUUUUUAGAUGAAAAAUCAAUCACUUGUGAACUGAAUUUUUUUAAAUAUUCAUAGAAAGUUAAGGCAUCAUCUUAUGCACAGCAGUGUUAAUGGUGGUUUGUGUGGUCGAUGACGAACUGGCUCCAAGAAUGAAACCAAAUGCAGCUGGUGAACCAAGCAAGUUCAGCUACGUAUACGGUUAAUAGAAUUCCGAAAAAUCAAAGAUAAAUUAUCAGAUUUUCAGGGCCUCCAUUCUUUUCAUCCGCUUUAUCAUUCAUCCCUGUGCAAAUCUGUGCUUGCUUGCACGCCUUUCUUUAUUUUCGGUGAGGCUACCUUUGAGAGAUUUUUGUAAUUUUGAUUCUUUCAGGAGAUUCCCUACCGUUGUUGAAAAGCUGAAGUAUGUUCCAGGGCUCGAAGCAAAAACGUUAGUUUAUUUAAAUCCUUAAAUUUCUUUUUUUAUGAAACUAAAAUCAAAAAUUUUUGGAAGUUUUUACUCGAAGUCUUUCUAAUAUUUUUUUACAUAAUUCUGUGCCCCAAAAAUUCUAUUUUGAACUAUCUUAGUUACUUUGGCUGACGAGACACAAUGAAAAAAAUGAUUUUUUUCGAACUUUUGACAUUUAAUCAAGUUUCUGAAUGAAGCGCAAAAAUCUUUUUCAAUGAACUUCUUGGAAUAAUUUUUUUAUUCAUACCAAAAAAACUUAUUGAACAAAAUAAUUUUUCAAAAAAUCCAAUUUGUUAUUUCAAAAAAGGAUUCAUUUCAGUUCGGCGAGCUCAACUAGACAAAGAGCUUGGGAUUCCGCCAAUCGAAAACCUUCGGAGAGGAUCUCUGGCCUCAUACUUGCCGAUCCCGUCGUUCACAGCUCCUUCAAGACGAAACUCUCGACGGAGCAGUCAAGCUUCUUUCACAAACCCCAGUCUUAUGUUUAUGCACGAUGUUUAAAAUUUAUCGAACCUCUCAAAUAAAAUUUUUUCUCUAAGGUCUUCAAAAAACAAAACGUCGAGAAUCCGAGAAAAAUAGCUGUUUCGACUAAAUAAAAACUGGCAGGGCUUAUUGCGACAUGAUGAAAUGCGAUUUCUCGGCGAUUUGCGCGCUUGAGUUAAUUAACGAGCAGAGAUCAAUUGCGUUUUCAGAACGCUAUAUAAAAAGAGAACUGGUAUUAGUUGUUCAGUUUCGUUACUCCGCCCCAAAGCUCAGUGAUUGAAUCUUGCUUCAAGCGAAAAUUUCUGCACUAGAAAAAAAAAAUUGCUUAGCCUAAGAAUUGAAACUUAUUAUUUCUCUCUUCUACUAAUUGCUUCUGAAAGGUUGUAGGGAAAGCCUGAUUCAAAGGGGUCGAAGCUCAUUUUUCCUGCCGUUCCGCUAAAACUCAUUAGAAAGAACAGCUGUAUUAAAAACUCACCUGCCUCUAUACUUUCUUCGGCUCCGCAUUCAAUUGACGUUUUGAAGUUGUGUGCCACGUUUGGGACCAAUUUAUCAAAUAACCUCCUCGAAAAAUGAUAGAAACGUUUCUGAUAGGCACCGAGCUGUCUACCUUCCUCCUGUAGUUUCAAAAAUUUGCCGUUCUAUUUUAGGUGUGAAUGUUUGUAGUAAAUGAAUUACGCGUGACUUCCGGGACUCUUCGUCCUGUUCGCAAUUUUUGAUAAGCUUUCUAGUCAUAUAAAUGCCUGCUUUUCCGCUGAUACGUUUGUAUCUUUCUAUCUCAGACUUUUUAUUUCCCGAUUACAUCAUUAAAAAUGAUUGUACAGCUGCGCGAAUAAUACGAAUCGGUAGUCGAAAAAAAGUAAUCAAAAUGGCUAUUUGCAUUCCAUAAAUUCAGUUAUCGGAAAGGCUGUUAUCAAUGAAAUAAGCUGCUUGUUUUCUUAUCAUUUUCGUUUCAGUACGAGGCAUACUCACGUUAGUUCAAAAAACUGUUUCAGAGGUCAUGUUGCGACUAGAACUUCUUCUGUUCGGUGUCUAUCUGUUGUUCGCAUGGCCCCUUGCUUUCAAAUUCGGUGUGACCGCGUUUCUGCUACCCUACGCCGUGUUGAUGAUCAUCUACUUGUGGAUGACCCGACCUCUUAAUCAUGUCCGGCUUUUGGGAGAUAUCGGCUUCGAUUUGAGAGAUGCGGUGAGAUUCGGAUAAACUUUUUCAAAAUACAAACUUGAUCGAUUUUGCAGAAAAACGAUUCGUUCAAGGAGAGAAAUAUGGAACGCUUGAAGCGUAUGAGAAUCAAGGGAGAGCUUCCUCCAGUUUUCCCAAAUUCUUGGUUUUGUGUCGGGGAGUCGGCAUUAUUGAAGAAAGGAGAUGUUCAGCAAAUCGCAGCAUUAGGUAUUCAGAACAUUUUUCGGAAUUAAUGUCUAAAAACGGACAGGAAAACUUCUGGUUAUGGUCCGCACCGAACAAGGGAAAGUUCACAUUGUAGAUUCUUACUGUCCUCAUCUUGGAGCAAAUUUAGCCGUCGGAGGCAGAGUAAGUCUUCGAAGACUUCACAUAAAUAGUAAAUAUUGAGAUGGUUAAUGGGAACUGUCUACAAUGCCCUUUCCACGGAUGGAAGUUUGACGUUUCAACGGGGAAAUGCGUUGAGAUCCCCUAUGACCAAGGCCGGAUUCCGGAUCAAGCCAAAAUCGACACAUACCACGCGGUUGAACGCAACGAGCACAUUUACCUAUGGCAAGUUUUAAGGUUGAAGCUUGUAAGACAAGCGUUUCAGGCAUCACGCAGAAGGCUUGGAUCCUCACUGGGAAGUUCCUGGAGUCGGCGAAAUGUACACAGAGAAGUGGGAGUUCUGUGGUAGAACAGAGCACGAAAUCGCUUGCCACAUCCAAGAAGUUCCUGAAAAUGGUUCCGACAUUGCUCAUCUCGGCUACUUGCACCAUCCGGGCCCUAAUGAAGGUUCUGAUCUUAUUAGAAAAAAGUUAACUCAAGUUCAGCAUUGCCUUGAGUUCCGCGCAACUCAAUAAAACCAGUCAAAUCAUAAAUUAUUUUCUCAUUUCGCGAGCUACAAGAGCAGUUAACUUCCAAAGACCAAGUUUUCUUGUGCUCAAAAAGUUCGGACGUAGUGAACUGAGCCUUAAAGUACAUUACUGACAAAAUCCAAGUACGCGUUAAUAAUUCGUUUUUUUAUCCUAUGAAGCUGAAAAUCCCGUAGAAAAAAUUGAGAAAAAAAAACAAAAAUAAUCAGUCCUGAGUAAUAAUAUUAUCAGCUGUUAUCUGAAGCCUGCAACAUUUUUUCCUCGACCAAGUUCCACCUGCUUUUAUCGGAUAGCAGACGAAAAGAGGAAGUAUGUCUGUUCUUUGGAUUCAACUUUUUAGUCUGAGAGUCAUUUAACCUGACCUUUCCAUACUUUCUGUAAACUUCCGCAAAUACUUUUUCAUUGACAAUAUUUUUUUGAAAAAGUGGUUUUUUUCAAUCUUUUACUUUAUAGAUAAAUGCCUUUUUGAACAACAUGAAGCCUGGAACUACAAAAAAUUAAACUUAUAUCACCAAAAAAUACAUUUUUGCGAAGGUCGCCACUGGUUAAGUUUGGUUUUGUUCAAUCAGAUUUUGAUCAAGCAAACCCAUAAAAAUUUUCUAGAAGCCCUGGGGAACUUGACCUUACAGAUGUGGGAAAAUAACGGUUCCUUUAAUUAAUCAAGAUUAAAUUUUUGAUUCAAAGCCAUUUUUUCAAGGACUGUGAAUUCGAAUAACUUGACUGUAGUAGCCAAAAAUGUAGGCUAAAAACUGAUAACAAAAAAAAGAUAACACAACAAGUAGUAAACCACAUCGAAUAGUAGAUAAAAAAAGUUGUGACUACUACUUUGACAAGGGAUGUUAUUAUUAUAAACUCCCAAAUUCGAAACAAGAACUUGAAAUGAUUCUUAAUAUUCUACUUGGAAUUGAUUCAAGAAAAAAAUUUCAUAACUGUACAGACAGCUCCGGAAAUAUACCUUAAACUACUAAUUUCUUGGAUUUCUAACCAAUACAAAGUAUAGUCGAAAAAGAAACAAAAAAAAGCGACUGAUCACAACUUUCUUGUAAGGACUUCAAUCUUUCUGAAACUUUCUAGAGCUGCGUUUAUUUCUGUGCAUUGAAAGUCCAUAAGAGUGUUGAAAAUAACAGUCAUAAAUGCUCCAGAAAGUUCCAGAAAGAUGGACAUCCUUACAAGGAAAUUGUGGCCGAAACUCGGUACUGUAUCACGAAACCACAGAGAAAAGUGAAAAAUAUACUCUUUUCCAUAGGUUCAAACAUCUUAUCACUGAACCUGAGCAACGUGUUCCCUUUCAUCCGACAUGUUUGGGACGGCAGAUGGGCGGUGAAAGAAGGCGAGCCACACAUUGGAGUUCUUCACUUGGACCAGCAUCUGGAGUUCAAAGGAUGGAGACUGCCGUUGACUUCAAGCAAACUGGUUGCCGAACAGGUUAUAUUUAACGUGACUUCAAUACUCAACCCUUUUUUUACAGAUUGGACCCGGACUUGUCUACAUGCACUUCGACUUUGGCUUCUGGGGUCGCGGCGUCGUAUUUCAGCACGUGACUCCAGAAGAGCCGCUGCAGCAGCGAGUUCGGUUCCGCUUCUACUCCAAUAUCAACCGAUUCUUCUGCAAAUUUUUCUUGAAGAGCGAAGCCCUUCAGGUGUUCCUAUCAUUUUUAUUCCCAAUUAAGUUCGGUUAUAGUUUGAACGCGACAUCUACGUAUGGUGCAACAAGAAGUUUAUCAAAAAUCCAGUUCUCGUUCGAAACGAUGGACCGAUUGGAAAAUUCCGCAGGUUAGUGAUUUCGAAUAAACUUUCAGUGUUUGAAUGGCUCUUAUACUGGGAAAUUUUUUAGUGGUCACUAUAGGGUUUUGACGUUUCAGUGACCACUAUAGUAGUCAAAUUAGAAGAGACUUGAGAGGUUUGAAAUUAGUGGCCACUACAGAGGUCGAAGUGCUACUACUAGGCCACUAAAAAUUUAAGUUACCACUUCAGGGGUCAAAGGAUCAACAUAACUGGUCUAAUCUGUUUGUUUUAGAGUUAUCACAGUUACUGGAAGGAAUCCUGAGUAACAAACUACUGGAAUGACUACUUAAUAGAAAACCUUUAUAGCGGCCACUUAACCGGAAAAUAGUGGCCACUUCAGUGUCCUCUCUAAGUAGUCCUUGGCAAGCCUCUAUAGUGGCCACUAAAUAUUUUCACAGUAGAUCGAAUUGUCAAAAUAAUGCUCAGAAAAAUUAUAAAUGGGAUCUGUCAGGACCAAAAAAUUAGAAGAUUUUUCUUUCCACGUUAAAUCUUUUGAUCAAACUUAAAAAAGAACUUGAUAUUUCAAAGAAUUUCAACCUGUUAUUGUUAUAUUUUCCGCUUAUAGCUUCGAAUUCAAAACAUUCACUCAAUUCUUUAUCCCAUCAAUGACACAAUAAAUCUGGUUUUCAGGUGGUUUUUGCAGUUCUACUCAGAAAACAGCCCCAGAUUGCUGGUUAACGGAACUCUCUCAACGCAGGAUAGCACCUCGCUCAGCUCCGUCAACGAUUGGUAAUAACGGAAAAGCCAUAUGGUCCUCAAUGUGAUGAAAUAUUUCCUGUUAGAAGAAGAAGUUUCAAAAUUGCACACCUUCGCUUCAUUGUACAUUUCUUUGUUCCAAAAAAAAAGACAAGGUUGAAAAUAUUUCUUUCCGAUGUCGGAACCGGAAGUUUUUGUCAACUGGUAGUUGCCCUAUUUUCAAUAAAACUUGUUGGGAUAUUGUUAACAAAAGUGGGAGUUUGAAAGGCUCCACCGUGAAUUGAUGUUUUUUUUUUUCUGUCGGCCUCGCUUUGGAACUGCCUUUGCGGUUUGGCGCAGAUAUGGAAAAAUCGAAGUUUGAAAAAAUACAAAUACGAUGGCUUUGCUGAAGCAUCAAAAGGUUCAGAAAAGUCAAUUAAUCGAAUCGACCGAAAGGUUCAUGUCUUCAUUUACAGUUUGAAUAUUAUGGUAGUAGUGAUAGAAUAGGUUUUUUUGAAUAAAACAAAUUCUACAACAUUCCAUAUUUGAUACUAUCAUCAUAAUUUUUUUAAGUUUUUGGAAGAGAUAUUAUAUCUUUCUCAAUGCAAACCAAUUUGAGGGAAAAACUGGAGCUCAAAAUGAAAGAAAAAAAUGAUAAAUGGAAAGUUCUUGCAAAAACUCGAAUUGUCGUCGAUUACUGCGCCCGGUACGCAGACAGUCAAUCCUACAUUGAACAUUCAAAAAAACAAGAAAAACCAAAAAUGAAAAAAAGGUCGAAAAAUCAACUUUUAACUCAAGCAAACUGCGCCCUACUGACUAGCAACAUUUUCGGGAGCUUAUUUUUAUUAUGAAAGUUGAAAGAAAUUUCCGAAAAUGUUUAGACCUUUUGAACGUUCAAGUUAAAAAAAAACCAAAAAAAGACAAAAAGCGUGAAAAACUUCAUCGGAGUUUGUUUUGAGAAUGGCUUGAAUCAGCACGGUUCGAUGGGAAAUAUGGCUUGUUCCGAAGGCGAGGAAUGUUUCCGAGACCUCUUCAGUAGUUUUUCUCUCCUUCAGACUUAUUUCUCUUUCAUUUCAUUUCUGGAAUAUCAGAAGGUGUUCUCUUCUUUUUCAUAUGCUGACGCCAAUCAUCGCAGAUCGAAGACUCUUUUGUUGAGAAGUGGGCAGGCGAGUCAGCGAGCCUCUCGCCACGGCGGAAAUCCGCUGA